UCCGGGUAACCGGCGAUCUCCAUUUUGUGAUCGACUUUAAUUUAAACUGCGUCAUUCCAGCGGCGGCUCCGUGGAGGUGUUCAUUGUUUAGGAUGAGUUCCCGAGUGUUCAUCGGUAGAUUGAGCCCUCAUGCUACUGAGAGAAAUGUGGAGAAAUUUUUCAAAGGGUAUGGGCGAAUUAAGGAAAUUGAUUUGAAGAAUGGUUUUGGAUUUGUGGAGUUUGAAGAUUACAGAGAUGCAGAAGAUGCAGUUUAUGAGCUGGAUGGAAAAGAGUUGUGCAAUGAAAGAGUUACAGUUGAACAUGCCAGAGCGCGCCCUAGAGGAGGACGUGGAGGGGGACGGUUUCAAGGUCGCUUUAGCCAGCGUUGGUCCCGUAGUAGUGGAGGAGGAGGAAGAAAUGGGCCUCCAGUUCGUACAGAAAACCGAGUGAUUGUUGAAAAUCUCUCUUCACGAGUUAGUUGGCAGGAUCUGAAGGACUUUAUGAGACAGGCCGGAGAAGUGACUUUUGCAGAUGCACACAGACACAAACUCAAUGAAGGGAUUGUAGAAUUUGCAUCCUAUAGUGACCUGAAGAAUGCACUUGACAAGUUGUCUGGAACAGAACUUAAUGGAAGGAGGAUCCGACUGAUUGAAGAACGUAAACAAUACAGGUCUCGGAGCAGGUCCCGAUCCCGUAGUCGCAGUUCAUCCAGAUCUCGUAGCCGAACACGUAGCCGAUCUAGGUCCAGAGGCCGCAAGUCCUACAGUAGGUCAAAGAGUAGGAGCCGCAGUAAAACACGUUCUCGUAGCAGAUCACCUGUGCCUGCUAAGGAGCAGAAAGGCCGGUCUCCUUCCCCAGCUAAAUCCCCACAGUCAGCAGAGCGUCCAAGAUCUCAUUCUCGAUCCCGGUCUCGUUCUCGGUCAAAAUCCCGGUCUCGUUCCCGAUCCAGAUCACCUUCUGCUGAGAGUGCUGAAUGAAUGUUGUUUGUUACUUCAUAAAUUGGACUUUUACCCUAAGUGAAAAUUGGUGUACAAAAAGCCAAGUAGGAAUCAGUGAAUAUCUGUCAAAGGAUUGCAGAUUUCAUUUGUUUACUUAAAGGCACAAUAUGUGCGGUUGCUUAACGCACAGAACUGUUGACUUGAUUGCAAUUCACUUUCAUUUAGAAAAAAUUAUCUACUUGUUUUCAAUAUUGAUUUCAUUAGCUGAUCUCUUUCUUUUUCUUUCUAUAAUAUUGAAUACCAUUUCAACAAAUUAUUUUUUCUUGUGCAUAGCUUCAAAUAAAUAUCCCAGAAAAUUGUACAUUUACAUUGGUUUGUGAACAUGUUUCUGAAGUUCUUUUUUGCCCUUGACCAUACAUAUCACCUUAGAUAGUCUUCACAUUGCUGGAUAUGUUUCAGAAAUUCCAUUGCAACAAAUCUUCAAUGUACCACUGAGUGUAUAAGGUAGACAGAGAAAGAAUAAUGUGUAAUGUUGCAUGUACAUUCAUUUUGUACAUUAAAUACCUACCUUGGUUUGCUGUAAUAUUUGCAUUUGUGCAACAAAGGCAAAUUUACAUGCUAUGAAUAACCUGGCCCUAAUGCUUAUAAAGACAGUGGAUGAACAUGUCUGACUUCCUAGGUAGCAUUGAAAUAUUUACAAUAGAGUUACCGGUAUCUUCAGAAUUGUACUAUUUUAUCUCUAUGGGAAACAUGGAAUAAGAAUAAAGUUAUCUUCUCUAGCUAACCAUAGAACAAUACAGGCCCUUCGGCCCACCAUGUUGUGCUGUCCUUCAAACCACACCUAAGACUACCUAACCCCUUUCUCCCACAUAUCCCUCUAUUUUAAAUUCCUCCAUAUGCUUAUCUAACAAUCUCUUGAACUUGACCAACAUAUCAGCCUCCACCACCACCCCAGGCAGCGCAUUCCAUGCACCAAAUUCCUCUCAAUAUUUUGUGUACCUCUAUCAUGUCUCCCCUUAUCCUCCUCCUCUAGCCAUCCUUCUGCUCUUCAUGUACGAGAAAAAAGCCUUGGGAUUCUCCUUAACCCUACUCGCUAAAGCCUUUUCAUGUCCCCUUCUUGCUCUCCUCAGCCCCUUCUUAAGUUCCUUGCUUGCUACUCUAUAUUCCUCACGAGCCCUAUCUGAUCCUUGCUGCUUACACCUUGCGUUUGCUGCCGCCUUCUUCCUAACUAGUUGUUCCACCUCCCUUGUCAACCAUAAUUCCUUCACCCUGCCAUUCCUUCUCUGCCUCACCGGAACAAAUUUAUCCCUAACAUCCUGCAAGAGAUCCUUGAACAUAGACCACAUCUCCACAGUACAUUUCCCUUCAAAAAUGUCAUCCCAAUUUACACACUCAAGUUCUCGCCUUAUAGCCUCAUAAUUAGCCUUUCCCCUAUUAAAUAUCUUCCCGUCCUCUUUACUCCAAUCCCUGUCCAUGACAAUGCCAAAGGUUAUGGAGCAGUGGUCACUGUCCCCCAAAAUGCUCACCCACCGAGAGAUCUGUCACCUGACCUGGUUCAUUACCUAAAACUGGAUCUAAUAUGGCAUCCCCUCUAGUUGGCCUGUCAACAUACUGUGUUGCAGGGUGUGUUUUUAAUGUCAUGCACUAUAUAAUGCAGCAUUUCUACUUUAUUUUGCCAGAUCAUUGGCAGCUCAUGAAAGCAAUUCCAGAAUUUAGAUUUGAAGUAAAUUUGUUUCUUUAAAAUUAGCAAUAAGUCCCAAGAUUUAAUCCCACUUGAGUCACUGAUCUUAAUUAAAUUUUCGUUCCUUCCAGGAAGUUGUAGUUUAUGCUGUAGUAUAACUAGGGUGAAAGUACUUUUGGUUAUGCAGCUGUGAAUCUAGACAGUUUUGAUCUUUUAAAAGGGGUCUUCGGAUGGGAGUUGACUACCAUUGUGUUCAGCUGAUGUAUGAUGUAUUUGAGCAGCUGAGGCCUAUCAUGCUGAUCAUCUGGGAAGUGUACAAAGAGUUUCAAUUUCCAUCUGUACUGAACCAUCACUAUUGGUUGUAUCAUUAUAACUUAGUAACUUUUAUAAUGAAAUAACAUUGAUAUGUUUGUAUGUAUGUAGAUGGAAAAGAAUUAAAAUGAAAAGAUUGCACAGAA